AUGCAUACCCUGGCAGUUUACGGUGUCGUACUCACAAUUAUCAACAUCGACGCUCACAUUAUCCCAGAUAGUUACGCGAAACAACGGAAUGCACUUCUUGACGAAGAAAUACUCACGGCUGUAGGUGGGAAAAUACAUCUCACAGAAGAUGAAAUCCUCGCCAACGAAAUCCUCAUGAAAUGGAAGCAUAAGGAGUUGGAUGAUUCGUUAAAAAACCCGCAAUAUUUUAACUUUUCGAAACAUUAUUUUACGUACAAGACAGAUAUAGACAAAUCAAAUGUUUAUCAGAUUAUAAGGAGUAUGCCAAAAGGGGCAGUGUUACAUGUCCAUAGUUCCCUAAUGUUGGAUCCCAGUGUGUUAGUGAAGCUUACGUACAUGGAGCAUCUGUAUGUAUGCUACUCAGACGGAGAUUUGAGUCUACAGUUCUCCGAAUCCAUCCCAGCCCGACCUUGCAAAACUAAUUGGGCACUUGUCAGUGAUCUCAGAAGAUUAUCCGGUGACGCCUUGACUUUUGACGAUGAAUUGAAGAGUCAUUUUACGCUAUUUAAAGACGACGACGAAGAUUACAGUAAGGUUGAUAUUAACACAGUGUGGAAAAGAUUUGAAAAAGUGUAUCAAGCUAUCAAGUCUCUUAUAAGUUACAGACCAGCAAGAGAAAAAUACUGGUAUGAAACGUUGAAGCAAUUUUACGAAGAUAACGUAAUGUACAUAGAGGUACGCACAGGCCUUUCUAAUGUUUAUGAACUGGAUGGGUCCAAACAUCCUAAAAAAUACAUGGUGGAACUUUACCAACGAGUUACAAACGCCUUUAUUGAUGAAUACCCCGAAUUUGUAGGCAUUAAGUUGAUAGUAACAAGGCAUAGAGCUCAAAGUGUGGAUCAAGUACUGGAAUCUCUUAACUUAACCAGGAAACUAAAGUCAGAAAUGCCUGAAAUGAUCGCAGGGUUUGAUUUAGUGGGACAGGAAGAUUUAGGAAAACCUUUAACCCAUUUUCUCCCCAUACUAUCUGAAGCAAAGAAUGAUAUAGAUUACUAUCUACAUGCAGGUGAAACUUCUUGGUUGGGGACUUCAACAGAUGAGAACUUGGUUGAUGCUAUUCUUCUCGGAUCGAAGAGGAUUGGACAUGGUUACGCAUUGACGAAGCACCCGACUUUGCUGGAUGUUGUCAUCAAAAGAAAUAUUGCUUUGGAAGUUAAUGUGAUAUCAAAUGUAGUGUUAUCUUUAGUGACAGAUGUGAGGAACCAUCCUUUAGCGUCUUACUUAGCUAUGGGUCUACCAGUCGUGUUGUCAAGUGAUGACCCUGGAGCGUGGAGUUCAAAACCUUUGUCUGAAGACUUUUUUGUUGCUUUCAUGGGUGUUGCAAGCAAGAGAGCAGACUUGAGGAUGCUCAAACAGCUGGCCCUUAACUCUAUCGUUUAUAGUGCAUUAGACGAAGGAGGUAGGAUUAAAUUAAUAAAGAUUUUCGAAAAGCAAUGGUUGGAUUUUAUCAGAGAUGUUAUUUCAAAUGAAACGUUAAUAUGGGAAAGUUAUGUGUGA